AGCCCGCCGCUCUCCAUCAUGGGCCUCAUGCCGCUCACCAAGGAGGUGGCCAAGGGCAGCAUCGGGCGCGGCGUGCUCCCCGCGGUGGAACUGGCCAUCGAGCAGAUCCGCAACGAGUCACUCCUGCGCCCCUACUUCCUCGACCUGCGGCUCUACGACACCGAGUGUGAUAAUGCGAAAGGGUUGAAAGCCUUCUACGAUGCAAUAAAAUACGGACCGAACCACUUGAUGGUGUUUGGAGGCGUCUGUCCAUCCGUCACAUCUAUCAUUGCCGAGUCCCUCCAAGGCUGGAAUCUGGUGCAGCUUUCCUUUGCUGCAACCACACCUGUUCUAGCUGACAAGAAAAAAUACCCUUAUUUCUUUCGGACUGUCCCUUCGGACAACGCGGUGAAUCCAGCCAUCCUCAAGUUGCUUAAGUACUACCAGUGGAAGCGCGUGGGCACGCUGACGCAGGACGUGCAGAGGUUCUCCGAGGUGAGGAACGACCUGACCGGGGUUCUGUAUGGUGAGGACAUCGAGAUUUCGGACACCGAGAGCUUCUCCAAUGAUCCCUGCACCAGUGUCAAGAAGCUUAAGGGGAACGACGUGCGGAUCAUCCUUGGCCAGUUUGACCAGAACAUGGCAGCAAAAGUGUUCUGUUGUGCCUACGAGGAGAACAUGUAUGGCAGCAAGUACCAGUGGAUCAUCCCCGGCUGGUACGAGCCUUCCUGGUGGGAACAGGUGCACACAGAAGCCAACUCAUCCCGCUGCCUCCGGAAGAACCUGCUUGCCGCCAUGGAGGGCUACAUCGGUGUGGACUUCGAGCCCCUGAGCUCCAAGCAGAUCAAGACCAUCUCAGGAAAGACUCCGCAGCAGUACGAGCGAGAGUACAACAACAAGCGGUCAGGCGUGGGGCCCAGCAAGUUCCACGGGUAUGCCUACGACGGCAUCUGGGUCAUUGCCAAGACGUUGCAGAGAGCCAUGGAGACACUGCACGCCAGCAGUCGGCACCAGCGGAUCCAGGACUUCAACUACACAGACCACACGCUGGGCAGGAUCAUCCUCAACGCCAUGAACGAGACCAACUUCUUCGGGGUCACGGGUCAAGUUGUGUUCCGGAACGGGGAGAGGAUGGGGACCAUUAAGUUUACUCAAUUUCAAGACAGCAGGGAAGUGAAAGUGGGAGAGUACAAUGCUGUGGCCGACACGCUGGAGAUCAUCAACGACACUAUCAGAUUCCAAGGAUCCGAACCACCAAAAGACAAGACCAUCAUCCUGGAGCAACUCCGGAAGAUCUCCUUACCUCUCUACAGCAUCCUCUCUGCUCUCACCAUCCUGGGCAUGAUCAUGGCCAGUGCUUUUCUCUUCUUCAACAUCAAGAAUCGGAAUCAGAAGCUGAUAAAGAUGUCGAGUCCAUAUAUGAACAACCUUAUUAUCCUCGGAGGAAUGCUCUCCUAUGCAUCUAUAUUUCUCUUUGGCCUUGAUGGAUCCUUUGUCUCUGAAAAGACCUUUGAAACACUUUGCACUGUCAGGACGUGGAUUCUCACCGUGGGCUACACAACUGCCUUUGGGGCUAUGUUUGCAAAGACAUGGAGGGUCCACGCCAUCUUCAAAAAUGUGAAAAUGAAGAAGAAGAUCAUCAAGGACCAGAAGCUGCUUGUGAUCGUGGGGGGCAUGCUGCUGAUUGACCUGUGCAUCCUGAUUUGCUGGCAGGCUGUGGACCCCCUGCGAAGGACGGUGGAGAGGUACAGCAUGGAGCCGGACCCAGCAGGACGGGACAUCUCCAUCCGCCCUCUCCUGGAGCACUGUGAGAACACCCACAUGACCAUCUGGCUGGGCAUCGUCUAUGCCUACAAGGGGCUUCUCAUGUUGUUCGGUUGUUUCUUAGCUUGGGAGACCCGCAAUGUCAGCAUCCCUGCACUCAAUGACAGCAAGUACAUCGGCAUGAGCGUCUACAAUGUGGGGAUCAUGUGCAUCAUCGGGGCUGCCGUCUCCUUCCUGACCCGGGACCAGCCCAACGUGCAGUUCUGCAUCGUGGCCCUGGUCAUCAUCUUCUGCAGCACCAUCACCCUCUGCCUGGUGUUUGUGCCGAAGCUCAUCACUCUGAGAACAAACCCAGAUGCAGCAACUCAGAACAGGCGAUUCCAGUUCACUCAGAAUCAGAAGAAAGAAGACUCAAAAACGUCCACCUCGGUCACCAGUGUGAACCAAGCCAGCACAUCCCGCCUGGAGGGCCUACAGUCGGAAAACCACCGCCUGCGCAUGAAGAUCACAGAGCUGGAUAAAGACUUGGAAGAGGUCACUAUGCAGCUGCAGGACACACCAGAAAAGACCACCUACAUCAAACAGAACCACUACCAGGAGCUCAAUGAUAUUCUCAACCUGGGGAACUUCACCGAGAGCACAGAUGGGGGAAAGGCCAUUUUAAAAAAUCACCUUGAUCAAAAUCCCCAGCUACAGUGGAACACCACAGAGCCCUCUCGAACAUGCAAAGACCCUAUAGAAGAUAUAAACUCCCCUGAACAUAUCCAGCGCCGGCUGUCCCUCCAGCUCCCCAUCCUCCACCACGCCUACCUCCCGUCCAUCGGAGGCGUGGACGCCAGCUGUGUCAGCCCCUGCGUCAGCCCCACCGCCAGCCCCCGUCACAGACAUGUGCCACCCUCCUUCCGAGUCAUGGUCUCGGGCCUGUAAGGGUGGGAGGCCUGGGGCCGGGGCCUCCCCUGGGACAGAACCACAAUGGGCAGAG